AUGUGGUUCAAUAUAUUUAUUUUGUUCUUUGGUGCUCUUAUGCAGUCACAGACAGUUCUGUCUGUAUGGACUUGUACGCAGGAUUUAGAUUGCGCUGAUGCAGAAGGCGCCUUUUGCAGUGCUGGAAACUGCGCUUGUCCAGUGGGCCAGCAGUUUAUAUUUGGAAACAGUUUAUGUGCUAAUGCGGCUCCGUAUCUCACAUCGUCGUGUUUGGAAGACCAGCAAUGCUCAAGACUCGUCACCAAUUUCGAGUGCAGAGGAAGUAAUAAUACACAAGAAGGCAACUGCUUCUGCCGUGACGAUUUUCACUACCAAGAUGGCCGAUGUUGGCGUUCGACAGACUAUGGGGAGGCUUGUAUUCGGAACGCAGACUGUUUCGGAGUGAAGAAGGAUCCUUUCAGCAUGUCUUGUAUUGCUUCAACCAGCACAUGUGGAUGUGCAGAUGGUUAUUACAGAAGACAAGCAGGAGAAUGUAGGAUUAUUGCUCCAGCUGUCGGCCAUAGCUGUGUCUUGGACGAGGACUGUCAAUUUCCGAAUGGAAGGUGUAAUAUUUUGACAUUUAGCUGCUAUGCUUCUGUUGGAGGGCUUCAAAUGACCAUUCCAAAAGAAAAAGCUGUCGAAACACAAAAACUAAUUAAUCCAAUGGCUCAACAAGAUGGCGGAUCCGUUAACAUACCGUCACAACAUGGCGCCUUGUGUUCUGCUACUAACAAUUGCCCUGCUCCUUAUGUAUGUUCUGUAUUCGGUUCAUGCGUGUGUCCAGUUGGAUAUUACUGGUCUGGGCGAGGUGAUUUCUGUUAUGCUGAGCUGGGAUCUCCAUCUACGCCAGAACAGUGCGUAGGAUUUUUAGCUGAAGUGAGAAAUGGAAUCUGCACCUGUCGGGCUAACUUCUUCUUUGAAGAAGAUAUGAGGAACUGCAUCAAAGUGGCCCGUAACUUGAAUGAUUUCUGUCUAAAUGAUGUUAUGUGCCAUACCUUCGGGACUGCAGCGCGCUGUACACCCCCAAUCAGCCCCUGGGGGCUGAGACACUGCGAGUGUACCCCUGGUAUCUCAGUCUGGGAUGAAGCGAGAAGCAUGUGUCGAAGAUUCGUGGGAAUUGGUGAUGCUUGUGAAACGAAUUCAGACUGUUUGGCUGGAAAUCUGGAGAUUAACUGCGUUACCAACGCAGCUGGCCAAGGCAUCUGCACAUGCCCACCGAAUACUGUGGCAGAAAAUGGAUUGUGUCUUUCUUCUGGAUUGGUAUUAGGUGCAUCCUGCCAAGUUACGAGCGAGUGUACGGGAACAGCAAACACAGAAUGUUCGGAAGGUGUAUGCUCUUGCGGUUCAGGAUACUUGGAGACCGGCGGAAUUUGUGCACCAGGAAUCGGAGGAUCCUGUACAGCAGAUGCCCAAUGUGUGAUAGCUAACACUGUCUGCGCAACGUCUGGCGCCAGUCAGACCUGCCAAUGUGCUGAUAACUUCAUCGGUGUUAAUAAUGUAUGCUUGCCUGCACUAAGUGACUUAAGCAGCAACUGCACUGUAACAGAACAGUGUGUGGCGUUGAUUGGCCAAAACAGUGAAUGUGAGGCGAAUAGCUGUUCGUGUAUCGCUGGUCACCAUUUUAGAGACCAAAACUGCUGGCCCCAUACUGGUCUCUUCGAAGAUUGUUCCAGAACGAGCCAGUGCUUCUUACAGGGUAUGUCAGAGAGAGUGGUGUGCAGGAAUAGCAUGUGUCAGUGCUCUUUCGACUAUCCAUACUCCGAGGAACUGCAUACAUGCAGCUCCGCAACCUCAAUUACAAUGGGAAGUCUAUUCACGUUUUUACUUGCAUUAACUUAUUUAAUGUCACAUUAA